UGUGCUGGGGGGGCUGCUGUGACGCGGAUGCGCGUCGAUCCAACAACACGCAACUAGAGCCAUGUCCACUCCCAUAUCACCUGUAUUUAUCUAUCCAGUAUCAGACAAUGAAUGAUCACCUCGCAGCACUCAACGCCCCUCCUCCUCGGUACCUUUUAGAAUCCGACUCCUCGGACGAAGAAGGCCAGGGCGCUUACCCCGGUUCGUCCACGCCUAAACCCAAGGUUUCUGUCGAAACACCUCCUGUCGAAGUUCUCUUCACCCGUGGGACUGGGAAUGAGGAAGUCAAAGAUUUCGUAUUAGCAUUGGGUCAGGCUGGCAAGUAUUUGAAGAAGCACCUGGGUGCGAGUGGGAGUGCAAUCGGACAGGAAGAGGUCGGAAAAAUAGUGGUAGGCGGACGUCAAGCGGGCCAGGGAUGGAAAGUCGGAGAAGGGAUGGUUUUCUCGGUAAACGAAGCGGAUUUGCCUCAUGAGGCUUUAUGGGAAAUUGCCGACAAAUUAUUUGCCAAUGUGAAAGCCCAGUCGUGGACGAUAAUAACGACAUACGUCCCUGCGAUGUACAUUUCGUCCAAGACGGACGGCUCUAGAGUACGUUCUGAUCCGCCUAUACGGUACCUUUCCCAAGGAGAGGUGAAAGUUGAAGGGGCAGAGACCUAUGAAACCCCGAAUUACUUGACUGGAUUAGCUGGCGCAAUUACAUCUCUUUCUGCCCAUCCCUCAUUUACCAUCCAACCAACAACGCUCAUCCUCCCUCUCCCACUUUCCGCCCUCCCUCUCGCCUAUCUCUCCACCGCCCUCGCUCAUAUCUCUCCGUCUAUCUCCGAUGCAUUGAACAGAAAGAGGAGUAAAUGGACAGAGGAGGAUGAUGAGCCUUAUUCUGCGCCCGGAAUGGGAAAAGUUAGGGGCUUGGCAAGAGGUGUCGGAGAGGCUGUUGGAAUGUACACUUGAAAUUUAGAAAGGUAUUUGCUUGGUAAGGGCAGGUACAGUGAUGGUCGGACACGUUAGAUUGUGUGAUGAUUGAAAGACCUAUAUGGGGCCAGUUGGCAUUAUUAAGAAGAUGAAUACAUACAGUAUUUGUAUAUCCUUUGUGGUCUCAGCCAAAUCAUAGCACAUAACCCAAAACAACGCCUCUCCUAGCCCUCUACAUGCUCUUUGCCCCCAUGAAUCAUAGCGUAACACCUC